UAGUCUCUGAAGUGGGCACAUCAAGCGUGAACUGUGUGUUGACUACCCUUACUUUUUUCCAUGUUCUCAAUUACAUCUUGGAAAAUGGCUGUGCAGAUCCCUGGAGGCUUUUGGACAGCAGCUGUGAUGGUGACUCUGCUGAUGCUGAGCAGCCCAGUGACUGAGGGCAGUGACUCCCCAGAGGAUUUCGUGUUCCAGUUUAAGGGCCUGUGCUACUUCACCAACGGGACGCAGCGGGUGCGGCUUGUGACCAGGUACAUCUACAACCUGGAGGAGUUCGCGCGCUUCGACAGCGACGUGGGGGAGUACCGGCCAGUGACUGAGCUGGGGCGGCCGGACGCCGAGUACUGGAACAGCCAGAAGGACCUCCUGGAGAGGAACCGGGCCGAGGUGGACACGGUGUGCAGACACAACUACGAGGCUUACCAGGGCUUCACCUGGCAGCGGCGAGUGGAGCCUACAGUGACGAUCUCCCCAACCAAGACAGAGGCCCUAAACCACCACAACCUGCUGGUCUGCUCGGUGACAGAUUUCUAUCCAGGCCAGGUCAAAGUCCAUUGGUUGCGUAAUGGCCAGGAGGAGACAGCUGGCGUUGUGUCCACCCCACUUAUUAGGAACGGGGACUGGACCUUCCAGAUCCUGGUGAUGUUGGAAAUGACUCCCCGGCGUGGAGACGUCUACACCUGCCAUGUGGAGCACCCCAGCUUCCAGAGCCCCAUCACUGUGGAGUGGCGGGCUCAGUCUGAAUCUGCCCAGAGCAAGAUGCUGAGUGGUGUCGGGGGCCUGGUGCUUGGGCUGAUCUUCCUUGGGCUGGGCCUUAUUGUGCAUCACAGGAGUCAGAAAGGACCUCAUGGGCCUUCACCAGCAGGCCUCCUGCACUGACUCCUAAGGAUAUUUUGACGGAGAUUGGUUAUCAGUCUUCCAUAAUGCUUGCCUGUCUGCCCAGAAUUCUCAGCUGCCUAUGUCAAUGUGUUCUCUAAGAACAGAGUCCUACAGUGGCUCUCACACAGCUGCCAGGUCAUCUCCUGUGACCCCUGCUCCAAGGAUCUGGCUAUGAACUUACUUCUUGCACUGACCCAGAGCCCCUGCCCGUGUGCUGCCAGUUGUGUCUACCUAGGUCCCAAGGGGCUUCUCUAUUCGCAUUCUUACCUCUGCCCCAACCCCCCAGACUACUCAAGAGAAGCACAAGUCAUUUACCUGACUUUAGGGAUUUUUAAAUAAUUAAACAUGGUUAUGAGUUAUUCGUA